AUGGAAAUAGAAUCAGACGUACCUCAUAUUCCUGAUCAUAAACUAUCAGAGAAGGAAUUUUUACUCACAACGCCAAUCUCAGCCGAGGAAAGAGGAAAGAUUUUUGAAGAAUUGACAAAUGCCAUUAAAAGUGAGAAUCUUGCACCAUAUUACAAGUAUUUACACGAACAGGUCAAAGACUUUCCCUUUGAUGAAUCCCUUUACAAGAAGCUAGCAUCGAAGAAUGAAACUGAAAUCGGCGAAUUGAAGCUGAAGAUAAAGGAAGCCGAGGGAGAAGAAGAAACAGAGUUGGAUGUUGUUGCCACGACGACAAAGUUGGCUGAGUAUUAUACAAAAAUCAUUGAUAGAACUAACGCCACUGAAACUUUGAAUAAAGUUUUGGAGUUGACUUCUGACACAGGUAAAAAGAUUGACAAUUUGUUGACAUUGACUAGACUUGACUUUUUUUUCAAUGAUUUGCCCCAAGUCCGUAAAGACCUUGAUCAGAUUUCUAUUUUGAUAGAAAAGGGGGGAGAUUGGGAGCGUCGUAAUAGAUUUAAGGCUUACAAUGGGAUCUAUUUGCUUGCCACAAGGAAUUUUUCCGAAGCUUCACAAUUGCUCACAGACUCAUUAGCUACUUUCACGUCCACUGAAUUGUGCACAUAUGAACAGAUUGCACAUUAUGCAAUUGUUGCUGGGGUGAUAUCUUUGGACAGAGUUGACUUGAAGGAGAAGAUUAUUGAUUCACCAGAGAUUUUAUCGAUUUACUCGUCUGCACCAGAGUUGGAACCUUUGUUGAACUUGACCAAUUCGUUAUACACUUGUCAAUACAAUUGUUUAUUUGACUACCUUUUGCAAUCUUAUGACCAAUUGCUUUUGCCAAACAAGUAUUUGCACGCUCAUGCAAACUACUUCCUUCGGGAGAUGAGGUGUAAGUCUUAUGGACAAUUGUUAGAAAGCUACAAAUCCUUAUCGUUGAAAUCAAUGGCAGCCAACUUUAACAUCAGUGAAGACUUUUUGGAUCAAGAUUUGUGCAGAUUUAUUCCAAACAAAAAACUCAAUUGCGUUAUAGAUAAAGUUAACGGCAUCAUCGAAACAAACAGGCCAGACAAUAAGAACAACCAAUACCAUCUUUUGAUUAAACAAGGUGAUACAUUGUUGACGAAGUUGCAAAAAUAUGGGGCCGCCGUAAAGUUGAGUGGAGCUGAAAGAGUUGUAUAG